UGGAGAAGCAGAAGGAGUAACAGAUGUACAUAAAUAAAAAGAAAAGUCCCGUCACGCAGUCUGCUGGCAUCUUGGACUUGUUCGAGGGCUCUUCCGGGAUUGAGUGAAUACAAGAGGAACUUCAAAUGGAAGAAGUUGGGUCUGCAAGAGUCUUGUAGACCUUCGCAGGAACAGAUGUCCACUUGGGCAGGACUUCGCUCUGAUCAACUAGGAAUCGUAAGAGAACCAAAUUUCAUUUCCAAGAGAAAGGUGCCUUACUAUAACCCACAGAUUUCAAAGUCCUUUGAAUGGAGAGGAGACAGUAAUUUGAAUGACCUACCAGAAGCUGAAGUUCCCGGGCCUACAGAGUUGCAUGCAGAUCACAAUAACAAUGAUAUAAAUCAUGACAAAGUUGAGAUACCUGAUGCACCCAGGCUUCCUAAAACCAUUCGGUCUCGCUCUGCAGAUUCUAGAGUUGAAUCUGCCAUUGCCCUUGCAGGAAAUACUAAGAAGAAGUCGCCACCUGCAACUCCUGUAAAACGUAAUUCAGCAUCUGUCUCUCCAAAAAAGCACCUGGAUAAAGUGGAAGAUGGGUUUCACAGAGUUCUGCAAAAGAAAGCAGGCAUGAAUAUUUUCCCUUUAACUAGUUUCCCAAGAAGUUCUGAAUAUCAAAGCCAGUUUAUAUGGAAGACUCCCCAAGAACUCUCUCCAAUACUUGCAGCUGAACGGGUUAUUCAUAAUGCAAGCAAAUCCAUCCCCACAUUUAAGUCUCCUGCAGUUACUCCUGAAACUGAGUAUGAGAGAAGUUUCAAAGUUUCUGUUCUACCUAAGGAACAAAAAGUGAGAAAUGAUUUGGAAGAAGAAGAAUUGCCUAUAUGUGAACAAAUAAAUCUCUCACCUGAUGGAAAGAAUACAAGGAAAGAAAUGUUUCUAAAGUCAACGGAACAGUCAUCAAAACAAGGAAAAUCAGAAACAGAACAGAAACAACCUAAACAAAAAAAUAAACAACACGUUACUCAAAAACCCUUCUCUUUCUAUACAAGUCUUAGAUGUCCUAGGAAGAUGAACACAGAAUAUAGAUCAAAAUUUUUGUCUCCAGCACAGUAUGUAUACAAAGAUGGAGCGUGGUCACGUAUCAGACACAAUGUUCCCAAUCAAGGUUUUCAAAACACCCUAAACUCCGUGUGGUAUAUGGAGGUGAAGGAACUUCGAGAGAAAGCAAAAUCUUACAGGCAACAAGUACAUGGAACCCAUUUCUCCCGGUAUCAUCUAAAUCAGAUUUUGUCAGAUAAUAACAGUCUGUGGGACGUGUCUUCAAAUUCCAGUUCAGAAGAAACCAUCAGCAACAACAUCAAAGCUCUAGAUCUUGCUGGAGUUCUUGAAAAGCAGAGAUCUCCAAAUCCUGCUAUACUUCAGCAGCCUGAAUCAGGCAAAUACAUCCAACAGAAAAACACAGAGAAGUUAGGCAUGUCGGAUGCCUCUACUGUACCAGUUAGGAGACGUCUAGUUUGGGGCGAACAAGAAAAAAAGGAACAAAUGGAGAAUCAGUCACCAGCAGUAGAGGAGGAGAAAGGAAAAGAAAAAAAGCAGGAGACAGCAGGGGCUCAGAAAUUGGAAGAAAAUGAUCAGGAGGUUAAUGUGGAAAACAAAAUAGAGGAAGAAAAUGCCUCAUUACUGAAUUCUUCAGCAGAUGCAUCAGAAUUGUCUUCUGUAUCCUCAAAGAAAGGUGGCAGGCUCCCUACGCCAAAGCUGAAAGAACUUGGUGGUGGUCAAAGAACUCACCAUGACCUUACCACACCAGCUGUUGGAGGGGCAGUUUUAGUAUCUCCACCCAAAGUGACGUCUUCAUCCCCACAGCAGAGAAAGAAAGAGGUAUUAGAAACAGAUGCUUCUCCUUACAAGCAAGUCAUAAGAGAAGCUUCAAAAAGAAAAUCCAGCAGGCAUGAAGGAGAAGUGGAAGCUGUUUCACAACUUAUGUCCCCUGCUGCUGGAUUAAAAACUUUGGAUCCUUUGCCUUUGAGGAAAGACUCCUGGCCUGCUACCAAAGCUUCUGAUGAGAGAGCUUCUCCUGCUCCAGCACAUGCAGAAUGUUCCAUUACAUCUCCUGUACUGAAGUCAGUCAAAGAACAUACUUCAUCUUAUUGGGGUCCAUCCCGUCGUAUUCAGGGGACUCUCAGGGAUCCAGAGUUUCAGCAUAAUGGGAAUGUUGCGAGUCCAAAGAUGAAGCGUUUCCAGUUACCUUUGCAGGAAAGAAACUAUGAAGAUGAAGAUGACAGAUUGUCCCAGAUUUCUGCUCGCUCUGCAGCUUCUAGCUCACUAGCAUCUCAGGUUCUGGAACGAGCUCAGAAGAGGAAAGAGAAUUUCUGGGGAAAGACAUGAAGUAUACCACUGAGGGCUUUCAGUGGAAACUGUUUUAUACAAUGAUUAGUUUUUCUAUAUCUUGUUUGUUUGUUUUAAAUGUUGGUGAAUAACAUACUGUAUCCAUUCACAUGAUGGAAUGAAUGCUGACUGAGAUGCUGAGCAUUUGGUACUCUGAGACAUGAAAAUUAUGGGUUUUUGGUGUCUUGUAGAGCUGGGUCCUACUCCACUAUUUUAUAACCUUCAUGUUAAUCUUUGUGCAUCUCUUGAAAUUGAAACUAAUUAUUUGUACACGCCUAUAAUACUUCUAAAGAUUUUUUAGUACCAGAAUGUAAUGUAAAUUAGUACAGUAUUCAGAGUAACACCAUCAUCACCUUAUGUUUUAAUUUAGCUGUGCUUCAAGUGAGGUGCCUGAAGUAGAUACAGCCAUACUAUGAGUGUGUACAUAAUAGUUUCUGGAUUAAGAAUAUCUGUAGGGCUGUAUUGUAAUGAAACCUCUUAGCAGUACUUGCUAUUGUUAGCCUGUUACCCCAAAAAACUAUAUUUCAUAAGAAAUCUGAUAGGAGAGAUGCAGUAAAUAUUCAGUGUAUCAGAUUAUAGGACUUUGUAACGAAAAAAAAUCACAUUCUUAUUUGUUGGCCAAGAUGAUUUUGAGAGUUUAGUGAAUAUGGUCAUUGUUAGCAUUAUCUAAAGUAUUCAUAUGGAUGUCUCCUGGUGUAUCAAAAAUGGGCUUUGACUAGGGGAAAAAUCCUAAAAUGCUGGUCAUCUUCAUUUCAAACUCAGGUAUUUAAGAACAGCUGAGUUCUUAAAGUAAGUUUAGCAGAGUGUUAUCGUGGCGUUGACUUUUUAAUUACCUCCUUUUUCUAAGUGACUGUGAGUGAAUGGAAUAAUGCAACGAUUGUCAUAGGUGAAAUUGAUAGUGAGGUUUUUGCUGACAGACUAUGUUUUUCUUCUUUGUUGAUAUAAGCAAGCUGAUGUGAAGCAGGUGAAAAUAUGUUUGCUUAAUAACCAGUUUGUUUUUUAAACUCUUUCAAGUUUUAAUAAUGUUUGUGGUCUUAACAUUUUGUACAAUGAAGAGUUUGUAUUUUGUAUACUUCUGAAAAUAAAAAUAAUUUUUUUCUUGC